CGGAUUCUCUUGAGCAAGGCGGGACCUGUUUCCAUGGUGUCAGCACAACAAGAGUCCAGGCUAAGGCUGCCUCCGGUGCAGAGCUCUUGGAUUUCAUAUACACAUUUGUCAUGGAACUGACCAAGAUGUCAGACAUGACAAGACUCCACCAAGCCGUGGCUGUGGGGGACUACGGCGCAGUGAAACGGCUUCUGAAGAAAGGCCUCUGCAACCCGAAUCACAAGGACGCGGACUGGAACGACCGGACCCCACUGCACUGGGCUGCAAUCAGAGAGCCGGAAGUCACACAAUGCCAGUUCUGGUGGCAUGCAGCAGCUGCAUUAACCAUAAUAUUGAUCACAACUGGUAAAGACACUCAGGAAAGAGGACUUCCAGAAGUGCUUUCACAUGUGAAAAGAACCACACCAUGGGGGCACAUGGAGGUGCUGCAUCUCCUGCUGGAGCACGGAGCCAGGCCCUGCCUGGUCACAGAUGUUGGUUGGACCCCAGCUCACUUUGCAGCUGAGUCGGGUCACCUGGGGGUCCUCAAGGUCCUUCAUGCCCUGCAUGCUGCCAUCGAUGCCCCCGACUUCUUCGGGGACACACCCAAGAGGAUCGCGCAGAUCUAUGGGCAGAGUGCCUGCGUGGCCUUCCUGGAGAUGGCUGAGCCGCAGUGUCGCGCCCACCGCCUGGCCGGGCUCCCCCAGGAUGAGCACGACCCUGACUGGGAUGCUGGGAAGUCCCGGCUGCAGCGUUCACUUCGGUCCGCAGCACCAAGCACCCGCCAGAGGAGAAGAGGCCACUGGGGGACCCAGCUUGGUGACACCCAGGAGCGGGGUCUUCUGCCUUCCAAGGACCCCUUGGCCCACACCAGGGGUCACAGGGCACCCCAUGUUACCCAGGGGCCUAGCAGAAGUGACUUUCUGCAGCCCAGCAGCACAGCUGAAGCCACCUGUCGCUAGGGGGAUGGACAGGCACCCGCCGUCAGCUGCCUGUGUGUGUCUCCUGCAAUGGAGGCCUCCUGACCACCCCUGCCCCACUCUAAUGAUGGGAAUUGGGGGAACAAAAAGUUUAUCUGAAGAGGGGUGGCCGUAAAAGCAAAAACUUAAAAAUCUCCAACAUCCUCUGAUCAAUUAGUCCAUAAAAACUUGCCUGUUGUCACACAGACGAGGCCAGGACGUGGACACCUGCAUCUCUGAUUCCUUCAUGGGGUGGGCGCCACAAGCCCACACAGACACUUUGACCCCAGUCACCUCUGCACAGGAGGAAGAGCUGGGCAGAGACCAGGUCAGUACGGAAGAGCCGAACCCAGGACCGCUGAGUUCCAUCCCAUGCAACUAAUGAGAGAGAAUGGGAAGGAGUGGAACCUGUGGUUAAGCCUAUGGUUUCGGGCAGGGGAUACAGCAGUGUGGCACGGUGCCUGCCUGACAAGCAUAAGGUCCUGAGUUCGAUUCCCUCUACAGUUUCAACUAUACAUUUGUGAAAACUUAAAUACAGAUUAAAUAAUUCCGAUAAAAAAUAUAACAGCUAAGUUAAGGUAUAAAACACACAUUGGAUUGUGAACACUUCAUGCAAGAACAUGCAAAAUGUCUCUAUAAUAAUGUUUAAUAUUGAUUUGUUGCUAAUACUAUAGCUACUGUAGGGCUGAAUAAAAUUUAUUAUCAAAAUGAA